AUGUCCUCUUUCCAUGACCUCAACAUCCCAUACACACCAAGCGAUCAGAACCUUUCACGAACACUAGCUUUCGCGCAUGAGCUGGGCUACAAUGUCGUUGCAUUGAACCACACCAUCACAGGCAGACUGCCCACAGACACAAAAUGCGCCAUUCCAGAUCCUCUCCCACAAAAGGAUGUCCCCGCGAAGCUUACAGUCCUGCGGAGACUCACCUUGACUCUCACCGAAUCUGGCUACCAAAAUGCCCGCCUCACAGCCCUCUCCGCGCCCUACGACGUCCUCGCUCUCCGUCCCACCGACGAACGAACCCUCCAACUCGCAUGCAGCAGUCUUGAUUGCGACAUCAUCUCCCUCGACCUCACCCAUCGCAUGAACUUCUUCUUCAAGUUCAAGAUGCUCUCAGAAGGGAUCAAAGCUGGGAAGACGAUCGAGAUCUGCUAUACUCAAGGUCUGCUAGGAGAUGCGCAGGCACGAAGGAAUUUGAUCAGUAACGCAACGCAACUGAUCAGGGCAACGAGGGGACGAGGCAUGAUUUUGAGCUCGGAGACGAAGGUGGGAGCUGUGGGGUUGAGGGGACCGUGGGAUGUGAUCAAUCUUGCUGCAGUAUGGGGACUGGGGCAAGAGAGAGGGUUUGAGGGUUUGAGCAAGGAGUGUAGGAGUGUGGUUGUUACUGCGAAGUUGAAGCGGACGGGAUAUCGGGGCGUCGUGGAUGUAGUAUAUGGUGGGGAGAAACCGGUUCGGGUGGAGAAGGAGGUGGUCAUUGGGAGCGGGAAGGGAAAGCAAAAGCAGGAGAAGGCCCAAAAGCAGGCACAGGCUCAAAGUCAGCAGCAGGGUCAGAAGAGAAAGGCAGAAGAGGAAGCUGGCAAGGAUGACGAGGCUGCUGUAAAUGAAGACGGAGUAGAGAAGCCUAUCAGCAAGCGGGAAGCGAAGAGGAGAGCGACCAAGGCUCGAUCGGAAGCUCUUGCUACUAGCGGAGCCUCGAGCGCGGCAGAGAACAAGUGA